GGAGGAAGAGGCUGGGAGCAGUUUGCAAGUAGGGUUGGCAACAGGCGCGAUUACGCUAGCUUUCUACCUGAAGAUGAAAGUGCAAGAGUCCUCUCUCAACUCCCGAUCACGUCAUCCAGCCCGCAGCCGUCCAUAUCUAUAAAGGAACGAGAAGACGAGGUUCUGCUCGGCGUACAGUUGCAGGAAAAACUUUGCAGUUUUUUUUUUUUUUUUUGGGAGGGGGUAAAGAAAAAAAACAAAAAGCAAAUAAAAGUUUUAACGAAGUCCGUAGCUGCCUACAAACAACGACACACGUCCUAUGAAAAUUGAGCCUCUUAGCAGAGCCGGGAGAGAAGCGGAGUGCUUGUGCUGUCGCCAGAGCUGAGGAGAGACUGCUUGUGGUGAGGAAGCGGAGGCUCACUGCAGACCCCCUCAAACUGGUUUAACAGGCUCAGGUUUCAGACUCGCCCAUUGGAGAACUGAAGCAGCAGCAUGGAUGUCUACUCGGUGACUCUUGAGGGACCGGCUCCCUGGGGAUUCAGACUGCAAGGAGGGAAGGAUUUCAGCAUGCCACUCACAGUCUCGCGGCUGACCCCCGGCGGGAAGGCCGUGCAGGCUAACAUUGGCGUGGGAGACUGGGUGGUGUCCAUCGACGGUACCAAUACAGAGAGCAUGACCCAUGUGGAGGCACAGAACAAGAUCCGAGCAUGCACCGGCAACCUGACACUGUCCCUAAGCAGAACUGUCAAUACUCCUGGGUCUAAUCAGAAGGACUCGCUUGCCGCUGCCUCGCCUCAGCCCAAGUAUUCGUUUGCUCCCAGCAUGUCUCUUAAUAAGAUGGCCCGUCCCUUUGGUGCCAGGGAAGGCUCUGGCAACUCGAAAUCUGGGCCGGUCACCAAACCAGUGUCCUAUGUCCCCGCGGCGGCGAAAUUGAACCACAGCUCCCAGGGUCCUGUCAGUGUACUGCAGCAACACAAUGGCCAUGAAGUGAAUCAGCCUGCUGCCAAGACGGCAUCCACUGUGGCAGCUGUUGAGAAACCCCAUAGCGGUCUGGCCAAGGCUCCUGCUCCUUCCUCAACCCCCUCAUAUCGCCCUCCUUGGAUAACGGACCCAGGCUUCGCUGACCGAUACCGUCCUGACAAGACCAGCACAGUGCUGACCCAGCACAGCCAGCCCGCCCAGCCCACGCCAGUGCAAAACCGUAGCUCCAUCAUGCAGGCAGCGCAGCAGGCUCCCGAGGGCAGUGGAAGGACCCCGGUGUGUGGGCAGUGCAACAAGAUCAUCAGAGGCCGAUACCUGGUGGCACUGGGCAGAUCCUGGCACCCUGAGGAGUUCACGUGCUGCCAGUGCAAGGUGGUGCUGGAGGAGGGAGGCUUCUUCGAGGAAAGAGGCUCCAUCUACUGCACCAAGUGCUACGACAGCCGCUACGCACCCAACUGUGCCAAGUGCAAGAAGACAAUUUCUGGAGAGAUCAUGCAUGCCUUGAAGAUGACCUGGCACAUGCAGUGCUUUGUAUGCACUGCCUGCAAGGCCCCGAUCAGGAACAAAGCCUUCUACAUGGAGGAGGGGGAGCCCUACUGUGAGAAAGACUAUGACAAGAUGUUUGGCACUAAAUGCAGUGGCUGUGACUUCAAGAUCGAUGCUGGAGACCGCUUCCUGGAGGCUCUGGGCACUAGCUGGCAUGAUACCUGCUUCGUCUGCGCUAUCUGCCAGAUUAACUUGGAAGGGAAGACCUUUUAUUCUAAGAAGGACAAGCCCUUGUGCAAGACCCAUGCGUUUUCACAUGUCUGAUCUGAGAGAGACACACACACCCACAUACAUACAUACAUACAUACUUACAUACAUACACACACACACACACACACACA